AUGCAACGAUUUUCAAAUUUCAAUCGCUUACGACGUUCGAUCGCCUACGCCAUUCGCUUUGUGCAUAACGUACAACGUUCAAUCAAACUCAAACUGCCAAAAUCGAGACUAUCCCAUUCAGUCAAUGAAUUAAUCAAACGAGUCGAUCCCCUCACCGUCGCUGAAAUUCAAACCAGCGAGAAUUGCAUCGUACGAUGGGUGCAGUCCCUCGAAUUUUCGGCCGAAUUACAUUCAAUCCGUCAACAAAAAUCGAUCGACCGAUCCAGCAAAAUCUAUAAACUCAAUCCAUUUCUUGAUGAAAAUGAUUUGCUACGCGUCAACGGCCGUUUACAAAACGCUUUCAUGCCGUUCAACGAAAAAUUUCCAAUCAUCCUUCCAUCAAAGAGUCGGCUAGCAUGGUUAAUCGUUAAAUUUUAUCAUCAGCUCACAUUGCACGGCGGCCCGCAAUUGACCGUAAACCAAAUCAGACAGAAUUUUUGGAUUUUGAACGUGCGCACAUUCGCCCGCAAUCUCAUCAACAAAUGCGUCGUGUGUUUCAAACACAACCCGACUUUAUCACAACAAUUGAUGGGCUCGUUACCUGCUCAUCGUUUAAACGAGCAAACUCGUCCAUUCGCCGCAUCUAUCGUUGAUUAUGCUGGCCCAUUCGACAUUCGUGCAUCAAAAGGUCGAGGCCAAUCGUCAUACAAGGGAUAUGUGGCCGUAUUUACAUGCAUGGUCACCAAAGCAGUUCACUUGGAAGCUGCCGGCGAUUUGACCGCUCAAACAUUCUUGCAUGCGCUCGACCGUUUCAUCGCAAGACGAGGGUUUUGUCACGAUUUGUUUUCCGACAACGGUACCAAUUUCUUGGGAGCAUCCAAUGAAAACAAAC